GAACAUCAAUUGAGCAUAUUAGCCAACCGAGCACCUCUGCCAGUGUCAUUUUGUUAACCUGCAACAACAAAUCUUCAUAACCAAAAAAGGCCAAUGGAGGUAGAGAGAGUGCAAGCUUUAGCCUAUUCCGGGUUGGAUGAGCUGCCGGCUCAGUUCAUCCGGCCGCCCCACGAGCGUCCCGAGAACAGUAAAGCCAUUUCGGAGGUGAAAGUGCCAGUGAUAUCCCUAUCACAGCCCCGCCAUGUCGCUGUAGAGGAGAUCUACAAUGCAUGCAGCGAAUGGGGUUUCUUCUUAAUCACCGACCAUGGGAUACCAUCGGCUUUGAUCCAACGGCUACAGAAGGUCGGCCAAGAAUUCUUUCGCCUCCCACAAGAUGAGAAAGAAGCCUAUGCAAAUGAUCCAGCUGCUGGCAAGUUUGAAGGGUAUGGCACAAAAAUGACAAAGAAUUUGGAGGACAAGGUUGAAUGGGUGGAUUAUUUUUUCCAUUUAAUGGCACCCAAAGCUAAGGUCAACUAUGAUAUAUGGCCCAAACAUCCCCCUUCCUACAGUGAAGUGACAAAAGAGUACGGCAAGGAAAUGUUAAGGGUGACAUACGAACUCCUGGAGCUGCUUUCAGAAGGGCUAGGCUUGGAAGGAAAGGUUUUGAAAUCCCAUUUGGGAGGAGAAGAGAUUGAACUAGAAAUGAAAAUAAAUAUGUAUCCCCCUUGCCCACAGCCUCAACUGGCCCUCGGAGUUGAGCCUCACACUGACAUGUCUGCACUCACCAUACUCGUCCCUAAUGAUGUUCCAGGCCUGCAUGUUUGGAAAGAUGAGAACUGGGUUGCUGUCGAUUACCUGCCGAAUGCACUCUUUGUCCAUGUUGGUGAUCAAAUUGAGGUAUUGAGCAAUGGGAAAUUCAAGAGUGUUCUUCACAGGAGUAUUGUGAACAAAGAGCUAAUGCGGAUGUCAUGGGCAGUAUUUGUUGCUCCGCCGCAUGAAGCACUGAUCGGACCCAUUUCGGAGCUCGUGGAUGAUCAGAAUCCACCAAAGUACUCAACCAAAACCUUUGCUGAAUAUCGAUACCGCAAGUUUAACAAGCUCCCUCAGUAAUAUCAAUUUCUAUUUAUAUUGAAUAAAUUGGUUGAAUGUUGUUUUUCAAGUGUAAUCAAGUAUGUUGUGUUCGAUCUUGGAUUUUGCUGCCAAUGGCUUAAGUGAGGGCUCGAAUCUAUUGUCAGUCUUCUUUUGUUUUGUGUUUUAAAAAUAAAGAUGUUACAUUGUGGUGACUAGAA